GUUGCCAUGUACCCUUUCGUUUGUGCCGGCCAUGGCCUUACUCCGAGCGCGUCGGCUGCAUUUCUGGACAGCGCUGCUGCUGGCACCGGUCGGCGAGUCGCUCGAGCUGACCGACUACGACUGCCGCCGCGUCCCCGAUGGAGUGGUUGCAUGGUCCACCUGGCGCGCAGCGCUGGUUGAGAGUGCAGGGAGGUCCAUGCACAGACCGUUCGGGCUCCUGUGCAAUGCAAACCUCGGCUUGGACGUGCCAACCUCGCACUUGUGCGGGCGCGCGGUUUGGUGGCUUGAGGCUUUGGGAGGGAAACCGAGUUCUACUGUUGAACUGGCUCCGGAGCUCGCGCGAAGUGCUGGCACAGCUGGGUGAUGAGCAGCGAGAUCGGGCGAUGGAGGAGUGUCCUUUGGGCAUGCUGAUGGCCGACAUCUUGCGGAUGUUGGCAUGCUUCGAUCGACAGGAUGCCUGCUCGGCCAAGUUUGAGCCGGUGGUCCGAGAGGGGCUGAGCCACUUCGGCCUUAGGAUCUUGAUGGGCACCACUUGGCCGAUCUACCAAGCCCUGCAUUCCGAUGUGUGGGAACGUCUUCCAGGUGCCACGAACCCCAAGCUGACCUGUGAGGAGACGGAUUCGAUGAGUAUUCUGAACUGGAGCUAUUUCAAGCGCCUCUUUGACCAAGAGGACUGGUAUCAGCCGGCGGUGGAUGUGGCCUACGGCCCCGAACUGGCGCAGCAGUGGCGUUCCGCCGCCCUGGAGUGUCCUCUGGGCUUCGCUGCCGCGAACUUAAUCAAGGCCAUGCUGUGUUCGCACACCGAGUCCAUUUGCUUUCGAGCUCAUGAGCAGAUGAUGGGCGCCGUGUUGGAAGAGAUUCCCUUGCCCGAUGUGGCAGCCAGUGGUUGGCCCAUCAUCCGGCUCCUUGGUCAUGUCUCGAGGGUCGUGAGGCGGCACGGCUUUGAUUUGGAUUUCUUGCCUGGCGAGCUGCUAAAAUACCCUGAAGCCGAAGUCUCCCGCAGCAUGCAGGACCUGCACGUCGCUCUUCCGCCCCUGCGCCGCGCCGCCGACGCCACGGCGGCGCGGUGGAAAGGGCUGCGCCUGGUCUACGCGAGCAUGGCACACGGGCCACGUUUUAGCCCCUAUGUGAGCCGUUUCAUGGGACGUGCAGCUGCUGUUGGCAUUGGA